AUGGAUAGAGGUCAAUUCCUGCCGUCCAAGAAGAACGUUGGUGCUCAGCUUGGCCUAGGCAUCAGAAACUCAGCAUUAUACGUUGCGAGUACAGACAGAUCGCAGCAAGCUGACACGAAGUGGAUAUUUGGUGCAGCCAAGAACUCAGCAACAAAUGACAGCUUUUUGCUAAUUGUGACUGGCAAAGAGAAGUUUUUGGACAAUAACAGUGGCACUGGCAGUAGUCGCGAUACUAAGGUGAACAGUGACUGGGAACAUACCGGCGAUGACCUGCUAUUGAGCUCCACAAGUGACAGUGAAUCGGAAAGUAUCACUGUGUAUGGAACAGGGUCGAAGGCCCGUGAUGAGUUGCCUUUAGAAGGUACCGAUCCGUUAAAAUUGUUCAGAGACGUCCGACUUCUUCCUGAUUCUGGCUAUGAAACGAGGGUGGACAGUCCCGUUACGCCUCUAACAUUCUGUCCUGGUCAGAUUUUAAGCGUUUCAGAUGCGUUGGGGGAAUACGGCGGCGUGGAGAGAGGUGGCGAUAGAAACUUAAGUGAGAGUGCGUCUUUCAGUGAGAAAGGCAGCUUUAACCGAAAUUUCAAGUUGCAACCUCAAAUAGUGGAUCCCACUGAUGUCUGUGAUAUUAUCACUGGAAUGAUACACACCACCAGUGGUCUUCGUAUGAACAGUGACGCUCAUCAGAUUGUUGCCUACGCAUCUGGAGAAACCCAAAGCAUAAUAAAUUUUAGUUUAGUGGACACUAUGGACGCUAAUCGCCCAUCCAAGUGUGCUGGUGAGGUCUGGAGCUACGAUUUGCAAUCGAAAAUCAAGAAUAUCGUGGUACCUGAAUUCUCUCCAAUUCUCAACAGAGCAGCAGACGUUAUAGCUGUUCUAACCGAAAAUUCCCUUCAGGUCUUCAAAGUCAAAUUCAUUGAAAGGUCGAGUAGUACACUAUCAAUCGAAAAUUUGGGACCUUGCAAGUUCAGCAAUCUGGAGGACUUUGCAUUUGUGGACAUAGCAUUCAAUCCCUGGGAUUUCAACGAGUUUGCUGUUAUUGAUACCAAGGGCAAUUGGACCCUUGGGAACAUAGUCAAGAAAGGACCGAGACAUUUCCGUCUACGACUGUCGGGGAACAAACGAGGUUCCAUUUAUGACCCGGAAGAGCUUUCUUCUUGGCACAAGAUAGCAUGGGGCGCAGAGUAUUCCAGUCUGCUUCUUGUUAGCAGAUCAAGACUAAUUGAACUGAAUUUCAGACGUCGCUUGCAACUUGAUGUCAUUGAGGCCAAGUCUUGGUCUUCGCUACGAGAUUUCACUCGCGUCGAUGACCAGAUUGCGGUUUUGACCACGAGUAAAGAGAUCAUUUUGAUUGAUCUCAAGGGCAAUGACAUCAAGAGACUCGUCUCUUGGAAGCACUCUUUAGAUCCUGAGGAUGUAAGCAUCAAAGCAUUCGUGCGAACUGUCAGCGGUGCUCAGUGGUCUUGUCAAUAUGAGAGGCUUUUCUUCGUUUUCGUCUACUCCGGCUUGAAGCCAGGGAUCCUCGUGCAUGUCUUCUUUCAAAACGGCCUGUUAUUUCAAUCCAUUGGAGUUCCGUCUUUGUUGCAGAUCGAUGGCAUUUUAUCUGGUUUGAGUUGUCUUGCAUCUCUACAAACUCCAGUGGAAUUUCAUCAGGAAGCUGCAAAUGCGCCCCAAACACCUGGCUUCGAAUGUCUCUUUCGUGAAAUCGGUGGUAGUAUGAUAUGGCGUGUGGUCGUACAUUCAGCGAGAAGUCACCUACAUCCUACCAAAGCUCAGAACAAAAACUCGGUGGACUUUGGCGGCUUGGACUCGCCUCCGGUGCGUAAUGUCAACAAGGAUUUUAUCGACCUGCCGUUAUCGUUGCCGUCUGCUGGAAAAGAUUAUGACGCAUCAAAUGAAGAGUCUCUUUUCCAACAGUACGGAUAUGACCUUUCGGAUGGGAUGAACAAGCACUUGGUGGAAUGGGCGAAGGACCUGGAAAAUCCGCAGGAGGUUCGUGGACCAAAAUGCUACUCAUUUGCCGGCCUGGCCGAACCAAUUUCAAAAGUGGAGAAUAUGGAGGAGUUUGGUUCGCUACUGGAGCAGUUCAAAAUCCACUACCAAGAUCAAGAAAUCAGCUUUACAGAUUUGACCACUCUUUCUUCCUUGAUUAUCCAAGAAAAUGUUGCAGAGUUGGGCAUUUUAUACAACAAGUUGCUGCAGUGCUGGAGUUUUGGGUUUCCAGAUGAUAAAGACACAACAAGUGAAGUUCUGAAGUCAAUUAUUCUUAAGAACACAGGUAUAUGCAGUGUAGCACCGCUCCCGUUUGUGGCGAAAAAUGCCUACAAUGAGCUCAGCGAUAGCCAUCGCGAAAUUAUAAACUCCUGGGACGAUGUUUCCGAUGAGACUGAAACUAUAAUCCCACUGUCAGAAAUAAGCAGAAAUACGCAUACCCAGGAAGAUUCCAACUUUCCGUCAGUCAGGGCUUCCCAACAAAACCUAUCUAAAUCUAGAAAUCCGAAAAAGAAGGCUCUACCUCCACCUCGUGCAUUACAGGCCGCUUCACAGCCUGUUCCUGGCAGGUCCCAUCCUUCGAUGUCCCAGCAACAGACCUAUUCUCAAGACGCAUCAAAUAUACUGCCAAACACUAUGGCGCCAGCAUUUUCGUUAAUAUCGGCUUCUCAGCCCGUUCCAACGCUAUCUGAUUCUCAAACUCAGAAUUCCCAAAGACACAGAAAAAAGAAGAAGAGAGUCAAAGGAUUCGGCUAG